GCACUGAGCGGGGCGGGGCUGUUUGCGGGUUGGGGGUCGCACGCUGCGCCUUGCCGGGAUGGGCCGCGGCUGGCAGGCACUGCAGGCACUGCGGGCACUGCGGCUGAGGCUCCUGGGGCCACAGAAGGAGCUGGUGGGCACCGACCAGUUCGGCAAUAAGUACUACCGUGUGCCGCAGUACCAGACCAGCGCAGGGCAAAUUAAACCUGAAAGAAGGUUUGUAGAAGCAGUAAAUCGGCAAGCAUACCAGUAUGAGAUGGGUGAUUUUCCAACAGAAUGGGAAGCUUGGAUAAGGAAAAAAAGAAAGGAUCCACCCUCCAUUGAGGAGAUUCUUAAGAAUGAGAAUUACAGACAAGAAAUGAAACAGAAAGUCAAAGAUGUGUUGGAAAAGGAUAAGCUCCUUCAGGCCAAGGAAUACAAGGAGGGACUUGUUGCUGAACCAGUUCAAACUCAGGUUAAAGGCCACGCAUCAGCUCCCUACUAUGGGAAGAACGAGCCAUCCCAAGACCCAACAAGCACUGCAAGUACCUUUCAGCCGGGUUCCUGGAUGCCGCCAGCAAGUGGCAGUAAUGAAAAGAAAUAACCAGUUUUGAUGUACAGAUAUUGCCAAUGGAUAAAUGCUUUAAUAGGCAACAUAAACAGCUGUUAUAUAUAGUGAGUGUGCAAUAAAGUAGUAUUCAAUCCAAGUUUCAUUUAUUUUUGCAAAAUUGUUUAGAGAGGCUUAAUUGUGCCACACUACUACAGCACAUUUGAAUUCAGUGGAAAACGGGAUGUGUUGCUGAGGAAGUUCAUUCUCAAGCUUUUCCUGUUAUUCAUUAAAUCAUUGAAGGUGAGUUUUCUAGGUAAUUUUUCUCAAAUGAAUCUAGAUUGCUUUUUUUCCUUGAAGAUGGGUUCACCUUUAACAUUGUUUUUGAUGUAGUAGACUUCAGUUAGUUAGCACACACACAUUAUCUUCUCAAACACAGGCAUUAAAAUUAGUUCUUAAUUCCUAUUCUUUCCCAUGGCUGUACCAGUAUGCUGAACUUUGAAGCUUCUGAUAACUGGGCAGAAAAGUUCAUUUCACUAACAGGAAUCACUGUGACACUGCACUAAUUUCAGACGUUCUCAUGAUUUUAAUAAAGGAGUUGAUGUAUUUGAAUAACGUUUGAGUUGCUACCAACAGUAGGUGUGGCAUGGGACAGAUUCAGUCCAAAUUAAACUGUUCAUCACUAUUUUAAUAGAAGUUGUAAUCACUGAGUAAGGCCAAUAAAAAAUACCUAAGUGGU